AUGGCUGCACCUUCUUCUUCAAUGCACCAACAUGAUCUUCCUCAUGUUUUGGCCGUCGACGACAACCUUAUUGAUCGAAAACUCGUUGAGAAACUCCUCAGGAAUUCUUCUUGCAAAGUUACAACUGCAGAAAAUGGGCCAAGGGCAUUGGAGUUAUUGGGCUUGACAAGUGGUGGACAGAACAGCAUGAACGGUAGAUCCAAAGUAAAUUUGGUAAUCACAGACUAUUGCAUGCCAGGAAUGACAGGCUAUGAGCUACUUAAGAAAAUUAAGGAAUCAUCUGUAAUGAAGGAGGUUCCUGUAGUGAUAAUGUCUUCUGAGAACAUACCGACACGGAUUAACAAGUGUCUGGAAGAAGGAGCUCAGAUGUUCAUCUUAAAGCCCCUCAAACAAUCUGAUGUAAAGAAACUGACAUGUCAGUUAAUGAAUUGAGAAAGUGAAAUUUGACUUUAAGAAAGUCUAGGCAAGAACACAACUCUGAGAUCUGUGGUCUGGUUGUGGGCAGAAGAACUCCAGAACCCAGAAUUUAUCAUUGCCGUCUACUGCUAAAAUCUGUAGGCCUUAACUAGAAUGUUACCCUCUAAUUGUGGUACUAGUUUAGGUGUAGGAAUGCAUUUCAUUGUUUUGAACAUGCUUUACUUUCUCCGCUCUUUCUUGUAUUGACCUACACAUUCCAAUUUAUUAAAUUUCCUAGAAUAUAUAUUUCAUUUUC